UUGAUGUUAGAAUGAUCGCUUUUGAUGACAUUUUUGGAAAAGAAGAUAUUUUUUUAUAUUUUCAGCAUGUUAUUUUUUAAUUAAAUUAGUUAGUGCAGAGAUAUUUCUGCUUAUAUAAGUAAUUCCUGCGGGCACGAGUCUAUGAGAUUCAGUGGAAAUGUUUGGGAGAUUUCUAAUGUCUUAUGGUAGACUUUUGGGGUUGAACCACUCCUUGAGGCUGACGUUAUUAGCUUUUGUUUUUGCCCCCUGUUUAGGGGCCUUUUCAAUGAAUAUGAACUAAGCAUUUUUAAAUUUUUGUGAACUGGAAGAUUAUAAGCUUGGCGGUGUAUAUUCUAUGUUAUGCUUUAUGAAUUUUAUAAGGUGGGGCGGCAAAUUGGGAGAGUCCCUUUGCUUAUGACUCCAUUAAUUGAAAUAUUUUAUUGAAAUACGAUAUGGACGUAGACAAGCAAUUACAUGAGCUGGACAUCGCUGCAUCUAUGUCUGCUUCUUAUAAUCACUAUCUAUGGCUAGCACCUGUUUACUGUUUAUGGUGAGAUUCAUCCGUCUUUGAAUGCAUUUUGGCAAAUAUGAGGUAAUUGCCUCGGAAACUUAUCUUCUUUCGAUGUUUUGAGAGUCAACUACAGUCUUUCUUAUCUAGUUUUUUCUCUUUCUUUGUAUGAAAAAUAACUACAUUUUGAUCAACAUAAUGAAUUUUUUUUUCCAAUUUUCGUUCUGGACAAAUCCUAAAAUCUCUGGAAUUUUGUUUGAAAGUUGCAGGGAAUGCUAGUGGUUUUGAUGCUGAAUAAGCUUAAUAUAGAAGGCUGUGGUGUAGGUUAGGGAGCUGCUUUAGAAGCCAAAGAAGGAGAAUCCUGCUGAUUUGAUACUCAUCUGGUUCCAGAAAAGGAAGCAUGGGUCUUCUUUGUGAUUUCUGUGGGGAACAAAGAUCGAUGGUCUACUGCAGGUCCGAUGCUGCAUGCUUAUGCUUGUCAUGCGACCGCAAUGUUCAUUCCGCGAAUGCACUCUCUAGACGUCACUCACGCACUCUUCUAUGCGAUAGAUGCAUUACACAACCAGCCAUAUUUAGGUGCAUGGAAGAACAUGUUUCACUUUGCCAAAACUGUGAUUGGAAUGGGCAUGGUGGCUCGGCUUCAGGACAUAAAAGGCAGACAAUCAACUGCUACUCAGGCUGCCCAUCUGCUGCAGAGCUUUCGAGAAUCUGGUCCUUUUUUCAGGAGUUUCCUCCUUUGCCAGAUUCUAACUGUGAACAGGGUAUGGGCUUGAUGAGCAUCAAUGAGAACAGUGUCAGUAACUUCUGGGGAGCUCCAGAGAACAGCAGUACCAUAGAUAUAGCCAAAGCAGGCAAGAUGAAUGAUCUGGAAACUGCUAAUAAGCUCAAUCCCUGGAUUGGCUCAUCUUCAACAUCUGCAGUGAACCCUAUGCUAUGCGGUGCAGGUCAGCCAGCAGGCUCAGUGGAUUCAACUACUCGUAAGCUAGCGCUUAGUGGGACAAAAGAUCUUGGUCUUUCCAAAGAUGACUUCUACGAAGAUCUCAACAUGGAUGAUGUCGACUUGAAUUUUGAGAAUUAUGAAGAACUGUUUGGCGCAUCUCUUAGCAAUGCGGAGCAGCUCUUUGAUGAUGCUGGCUUUGACAGUUUUUUUGAAUUGAAGGAAAUAUCUGCUGCCAAUUCCAACUGCCAGGGUGAAUUUGUCACAGAGGCAUCAUCUGCUGGGCAGGCCAAGCCUAUGCAAGCAACAUAUAGCAAUGCAGUAUCUGCUGAUUCUGUGAUGUCAAAUCCAGGAAGCAAAGCAGAUCCUAGCCUCUGUAUCCCAACAAGGCAAGCUCGGUCCAGCCUAUCUCUUUCCUUUUCUGGUUUGACUGGUGAGAGCAGUGCUGGAGAUUAUCAAGAUUGUGGGAUGUCAUCUGGGCUUUUUAUGGGGGAGCCUCCUUGGUGCCCUACUGCUCCAGAGAGUUCCUCUUACACCCCGGCUGGCAGGGAUAGUGCUGUGAUGCGUUACAAGGAAAAAAAGAAAGCAAGGAAGUUUGAGAAAAAAAUUAGGUAUGCAUCUCGCAAAGCUAGGGCAGAUGUGAGGCGGCGGGUGAAGGGAAGGUUUGUUAAAGCAGGUGAAGCUUAUGAUUAUGACCCCCUCUGCAAGACAAGAAGCUGUUAAAAGAAACAAAACAUCCUACUUAGUGUAAGAUCAACUUUCAUCUGAUUAAUAUUUUGGGAGAUGCCAGGCUGGUUUGUGCCCUUCCCAUGGAAUUUAAAAAGUUCCCAUCUAUUAAUCAAAAUAGACAAAGGAGAAAAAAAGAGAAAAAAGAAGAAAGAAAAUAAAGAAAAUGAAAGAGGACAAAAUAAAGGUUAUAAGUAGCUGGCUGGGAGUUCUUGAAGUACUUAUUAUGAGCAACUCUGCUGGACAUAUAGCUGAAUUAUGGUCUAAUCUGCUCAGUUUGGUUAGAUGCCCCAACCUCCUAGUAGUUUGGUUCUGUUCUUCCUUUUUUCCCCUGUCCAGUGGUGAAGCAUGGAUGUUCAGUAAUUUGGGACAAGGACACUCACAGUCCAUUCCUCCAGUACAUAUGAUGGGGUAACAUGCUGGUUCAUUGACCCUCCUCCCUCUUUGCACCUCUUCAUCUUCUCUUCAUUUUUCCUGACUCCGACAAUUGCCAUGGCUUGCCCUGUGGCAGAGCCCUCCUCCCAACUUUGGCUUCCCUUAAUAUGUUUAUACUUAUAUAUAUAUAUAUAUAUAUAUAUUCUUCUGUAAUCUGUAGAGAAUACAGUCUGUUGUAAGCAACAUAGAUCGCUUUGUAUUUAUUCACACAUGAAAGAGAUCUGCUUAUAUUACUGUAAGGCUUGGAAAAGUUGUAAAGCUGGUCUUUUGUGCUGUUGACUGUAGAAAAUACUGUAAUUGAAGCUUCGUAGAUUUGUCUAAAUUUAUUGGUUAAUUUGUUGAUA